AUGGUCAACAUUUUCAAACUAGUCAAAGAUAACAAUGUAGACCAAAUUCGCGAAUACACACAAGCAACGUCCACCGGCAUUGCAACACGACCCUCUCCCACCAUCACCACUACCUUAAUUCAAGAUCGACCGCAGCAACAGCAACAACCACAACCAAACAACUCUAAACACCACCACCACCACCAUCACAAACUACUACAACGUCAAGUUAACCUCAACAAACGAUCGAUAAGAGGAAGAACAGCUCUCCAUUGUGCAGCGUCAUGGAACAGAAUUGCGAUUACAAAGUUACUUUUGGACUGUCCAUGGGUGAAUAUCAAUAUCCAAGAUCGCGAGAAUGGAUGGACAGCUUUGCACAGGGCGUGCUAUACCGGGAAUGUGGAAAUUGCACUGAUGCUCUUACAACAUCCAGAUAUCGAUCUCAACAUCAAAGAUUACGAAGGCAUUCGACCGCUAGAGCUAUUGACAGUAUCAUUGGGCAAUAUGAAACGACUGGAACGUAAUCUUCUUCAUGACAAUGACAAUUCAACAACAACAAGGGAUGAAGCAGAUGAUGAUUUGCAUGAUUCAAUACUACGAUCAAACAAGGAACCAAUCCUUUCUGGAGGAACUGAUUUAUACACAUGGGGAAGCAACACCAACUAUGUCUUGGGUCAUCCAGAUUCUGAAAGUCGAACCUUUCCAGAACGUGUCUCUCUUCAAUUGGAGUCGCAACACAUACCCCACAUCAUGCGUCGCCCAUCCGUUUUGAUCGAACGUGUCCACAUGUCAAAGUAUCACACAGCAGUGCUUACAAGCGAACCACGCAACAAUCUUUUACUCUGUGGAUUCGGCCAUGGAGGUCGUCUUGGCAACGGCAAAAAGGAGGACACCCAAUUGAUACCAACACCAUUGCAGUGGCCUGAACGUAUCACUGCCGUUGCCCUAGGUCGCGAUCACACCAUCGCAAUCACUGAGAAUGGAAAUGUAAUUACGUUUGGAAGCAAUGAGAAUGGUCAACUCGGCUACGAGAGCGAUGAAAAGUACCAGCUCUUCCCUCGAAAGGUGCAAUCUCCAUUACUCAAGAAAUUAGCAAUCAUUGGUGCAGCAGCGUCUUCCGUACACUCUGUGGUGUAUACAGCAUAUGAGGUCUUUACCUUUGGAUAUAAUCAAGGACAGCUAGGGUAUCAUGCAUCUGGUGAUGAUUUACGUCAAGUAUUGCCGAGAAAAGUUGCAUUCAGUACACGUAUCAAAGAUGUGAAGGCCAAUGAUCAUGCAACAGCAGUAUUAUUUGAGACACAUGAGAUCUCUCUUUUAUGUAACUAUGGCCAACAAAGGAUUAUAUUACCUACGGACCGUUUUCCUUCCAGUAUCCAAGUUCAUCAUUCGGCAGCCCAUUAUCCUGUAAGGCUUAUCACGGGUGUUGAUGACUAUCUUGGUGCGAUAUCCAAUAAUGGCGAGGUCUAUGUGUGGACUUGCAAAGGCAACACGGGUGGUGGUUCACGUCAGCAGCAGCUGGAUAAGAAUCGAGUCAAAGCCAAGCAUGUUACAAUUUCAUCACCAAAGCGUGUAUGGCUAUUGAAGAAACCAUACCUUUCAGCGACAGAUGCGAGCCUUGGACAUCAUGGUGCACUCAUUGUAUCGACCCUUUGUGGACAAGUGUUUGUGGGAAAGGCUGGCAAGGAUGGACAAUACAAGUUCAACAUCAUACCCAAUCUACAAAGGUGUAUACGCGUUUGUGCUAGUCCCAGCGGCGCCUUUUCAGGGAUUCGAUCCGAGGUUGAAGUGGAUGAUAUUACAACAACGCCAUCAACAUUGAUAUCCGAUAUUAAAACGAGUUUACCACACAUCAUCGCUGCCGAACGAUUGGAUCGAGAUAUCAAACGUAUCACGAACGAAUACAAUCAAAAGGUGGAUGAUUUGAUGCGACGAGUUGAUGAUAGCAGUGACGAGGUGGAUAAGGAUACCAAUGCUAUGGAGCGACAAAAGGCACACGAUUUAUUUGAGGAUGAAUUAAGAAAUGCCGUGGAUAGCGCAUGGGAAUACGCUGAACAACUUGCUGUCAGAGAUACAACAUUGGAUGCCGUGAUCGUUCUUUCUGGUGAUGGAAAUCGAAAGCUCUAUUGCCAUCAAUGCAUCCUUGCCUGCCGUAGUCGAUUCUUUUCUCGGUUAUUCGAAACGAGUGGAAAUUUUCAUCAUCCUGCAUUGUCGAUUGCUCGUCACGACAAACGCAUUGAAAUACGACUGAUGAAAGAUUACAGCAUGGCAGCAUUCCAUCUUCUCUUUGACUAUUUAUACACGGACGUUUAUAUGCAUCCAAUGAGUGCCUAUUACAAUACUCCAAAUCUUGCACGAUGCAGCAACAACUCAGCUUCUCCAGCGGUAGUAGGAAAGGACCUUGCAGCACUCGCCUCCUUAUUUGAACUCGACGAGCUGCAUGAUUCGGCAAUACAUUCAUUUAGCAACGUACCUCGCCCAACGCUCACUUUGGAUCUUUUGAGACUAUUCGAAGAAGAAGGAAAAGGAGGAUCCCAACCCAACGUAUGUCUGGAUCUCAAAGAUGGUGAAAAAGUGCUAUGUCAUGAAAUGAUUAUAAGGCAACGUUGUGGAUUCUUUGGUGCUUUGUUCGAGCCUGGAUCAAUUUGGAUGCAAUCCCGACGACAGCAACAAACAUCCUAUUUGCAUGUGAAUAUGACCCAUGUCUCAAAGGAAGUAGCAGUGCCAUUCUUGCGAUAUUUAUAUGGUGACCUGGACGAGAUGCAGCUAUUCGGUGAUAUAUGCAAAGAGACCGCCGAUGCCAUGAUGCGAUUCCUGGUGGAGGUGUUAUGUCUCGCGGAUGAACUUUUAUUGGAUCGAUUAAAAUCGAUUUGUGAACGUGCUUUAUUACGGUUCAUUGGUUUACGUUCAGUGCCCUCAUUGCUCGAAGCAUCAGAUAUCUUUAUGGCGGACGCUCUCAAGCAUGCAUGUUUACAAUUCAUCACUGCCAAUGUGGAUGUACUCAUGGCCACUGGCAUGAUGGAUCACUUGGAGUCAAAGCUCAUUCGGGAUAUUGAAAAGCAUGUUCGAUCGUGUCAAGCGGAUGAGAUGCCAUUUAUUCGACAAGCCAACAUGAUUGAGCCAGCAGCAACAACAAGACAAGAUGAGUACGAUCCUGAGUUUUCGGACUCACUCUACACGCAAUCACUUGAAGAUCAGCCCAUCAUUUCAAAUUAUGCAGAGACGCUCGUCACGAUCAUGCCUGAGAUUGCAACAAGCAGUACUUCCAAGAGUGAUGAUGAUGUGGAUGGAGGUGUAUUCCGAAUGGAUGAAGAAGAUCAGCAGCAUUCACCACCGCCACCUAUCAAGGAGCAACGUAAAAAGAAGCAGCCAUCGCAGCGAGAAAAGAAAGGCAAACGUGUCGCCUUGGAGGUCUCUACGGCGGAGGUUGGAACAAGUAGACCUGGAUGGGCUAUUGCAUCUGAUUCGGUUGAGAACAAGAGAUCGUUGCGUGAGAUUAUGGAAGAACAACCUGAUCUUUCAUCCACACCUCCUUCCUCACUUGGAAAGUCACCACCUGUUUAUAUUCCCAAAAAGCUUUCUCAAAAGGAACGCCGGAAACUUCAGCAGCAACAACAACAACAAGAAAUGGCAGCAGCAUUAGCAUCCAGUCCAAAGCCAGUAUGGGGAAAAGUAGUUGCUCCUCUUACAACGCCCCCACCCGAGUCUUUAUCUUGUUUUCCCGCAAUGAAUGAACCUACACCCAGCUCUGGAGAUGCAACGUCGGUUAACGAGACCGCCGCCGCCGCCGUUGGGGAAGAAACAAGUCCUAAUGAUGGUACAUCGAAAGGAAUGAAAAUUUACAUAUCAAAAGAAGAGCUCAUGCAGCAAACAGAACGGCCUGGAUCCAGAGAUCAAGAUUCAAGCAAAGAUGAGACCCUGUUUGAUCCAAUACGCAGCUUAGGACCUUCCUUUUCCCUGGCACCCAUCCGGCGACAACGAGGAAAUAGCAAGACAAGUCAUUGGUCCAACCAGCAAGGUGGUGAGUCAUCUUCUAGUUCAUUUCAGGCUAUCCAGAAGCAACAAGAAUUGGAAGACUUGUGGAUCAAGGGAAAACAAUCAAGGAAGAGCCUUAUUAGAAUCCAAAGUGAGGAGCGUGCCAUUGAAAGUCUCAAGCAGUUUUAUGUACAGACAUUGGAUGCUUUGAGUGGUGAAUGGGUAGAUGUUCAUAGGCUAGACGAAUAG